AUGCAAAUAAAGGAUAAAAAAGGGAUUAUUAUAGGAACUGUAAAUCGCUUAGGAAUAGCCUUUUGCCGUGAACUGCUUAGAAAUGGUGCUGAAAAAAUUGUGAUGAUUGGAGACCGAGAGAUUAAUGAUGAUGAAGUAUCACCAAUAGAUGAAUUAAAUCAUGAAUUCGGUGAACAACGAGUUACACACUACAACAGCGAUAAUUCGAAGAGUAGCGAAUUAGAUACAAUAUUCAAAGAAGCAGUGAAUUAUCUAGGAGGACUAGAAAUUCUUAUUAAUAAUGCAGAUCUCUUCAAUGAAAUCGAUAUAACGAAAGCUGUUGAUGUUAAUAUUGCUACAGUAAUUCGUAGUAGUCUACUUGGGGUACAACAAAUGGGAAAAGAUAUGGGCAGUAAAGGAGGUAUUAUCGUGAAUGUUGCAUCAAUUUUUGGCCUUGAACCUGUACCACAACUCCCCGUUUACUCUACUGCGAAACAAGCGGUUAUCAGUUUUAGCCGUUCAUUUUCACAACCUUAUCAUUUCAAGAGAACAGGAGUUAAAGUAGUUGUACUUUGUCCAGGAUUAUCGAAAAUUCAGGAUUAUCCGAGUGAAAAAUACCCAAAUAAUGAUUCGGAAGUCACCGGGGCCAAAUGUGCAACAGUUCAUCCCCAAAAAGUUGAAACAGUAGCCCAUGGCUUAGUAUAUGUAAUAAGAUGUGCACAAAAUGGAAGCAUUUGGAUAACCGAUUUUCCGGAUCGUAAGAGCCGCCGUGCAUCUGCUGAAGAAAAAGCAAAAGAGCUCGAAAUCAUAAAGGGUAUUGUGUGUGGUAAAAAUGUUGUUAUAACUGGUGGAGCUUCCGGAUUGGGUUAUUCCUUUGUUAAUCACUUUCUCGAACAUGGUGCCAAGAAAAUUGCCAUCAUUGACGUAGAUACGACAGCCGGUGAGCAAGCUGUUAAAGCAGUAACUAAAACCUAUGGAGCAGAAAAAAUAAUUUUUAUAAAUGCUGACACUUCAAAUUAUUCACAAAUACAUGAUGCUUUUGCUCAACUUACAACAUCUAUGGAUAGUAUUGAUAUCGUAGUAAAUAAUGCUGGUAUUUUGGACGAACGACGAUGGGAAAGAGAAAUCGCAAUAAAUAUUAGUGGAAUGUUAUUUGUUGCAAAUAUUGCGUUACAAUUUAUGGGUAAGGAUCAAGGGCACAACGGAGGAGUUCUUGUAAAUAUCGGUCAACAUUUUGAUUUUAAAACAACAGCUCAACUUCCAGUAUAUACCGCAACUAAAUCAGCAAUGAUUGGACUCUCAAAAUCUCUUGGUGCACCUUAUCAUUAUGAAAGAACUGGGGUACGAGUGUUGGCGCUUUGUCCGGGACUUACUGAGACAGCACUUACAAUAAAUAGCCCAAAUAGAUUAUCUUCAAGAAUUAUGAAAGCAGAUUUUGUUAAGAAUCUUGAGAACCUGUCGAUUCAAACGCCUUACAUAGUAGCGAAAGGAUUGAUGACAAUACUGAAAUGCGGUGAAUCCGGUAGUAUAUGGGUUAUUGACAACGGCAAUACACCGUAUGAAGUAGUAAUACCUCAUUAUCAAUCUCUAAAAAGAAGCUACAAAAAUAAUUUCAUCCCUACAUUGAGUCAUCCAACGAUAAAAGGGCGACCGAUGAAAGAACUUAGAAUUUAUGAUAAUAACAUAAGAUCAGGACUUACGAGUUGUGCUUAA